GUUACUCCACCACGGUCCACAAGUUCAUGUUCUUCAUAAUGGAAAAGCCUUUGAUUUUCUGUCUGUUUUUAUUCUACUGGCACUUCUUAUAUGCUUUGUUCACAGUUGAAGCUCCCCAGUCACUCUACACUGUGGAAUAUGGGAACAACGUGACCAUGGAAUGCACAUUUCCAGUGCAUGGGAAAUUAGAGUUUAGAGAUUUAAGUGUCAUCUGGGAAAAGAAAGAUAAGUUAAAGAAGCAGGUUUAUGCACUUCUCCAAGGAAAGGAAGACUUCGAAAGUCAGGACAGUGACUUUAAGGGAAGAACAAAAUUGUUCAAAGAGAAUCUGAACUUGGGACAGUCUCUCCUUCAGAUCACUGACGUGAAGCUCAGAGAUGCAGGGCUUUACCACUGUCUUAUUGGCUACGGGGGAGCCGAUUACAAGGCAAUCAAUCUGAAAGUGAAGGCUCCUUAUAGAUCUAUUACCCAAGGAGUGGUGAGCACAGGGGACAACGAAUGGAAGUUGACAUGUCAGUCAGAAGGAUACCCACAAGCUGAAGUGCUGUGGCAAAACAGAGAAUAUGAGGAUUUGACUCAUAAAGCAAACACAAGUUAUGAAACUGGAAGGGACCAACUGUAUCGCGUGACAAGUACCCUUACAAUCAAAAGUAGGACUGAUGAGAUUUUUUUCUGUAUUUUCUGGAAUAAAGAGCUUCAAGAAAACACAUCUGCCAUUUUACACAUAACAGAUUCAGUUGAUGGUGUUGUACGGACAGAGAGCAGACGCUUUAUUGGAGCGAUUCUCAUUGUGACUGCUUUACUGGGAUCAGUGCUUAUAUUUAUGCUCUCCAUAAGCAAAGCUACAGCAAAUAAGGACAACAGAACACCUGUGGAUAGUUCAUCAAUAGCAAAGCUGCCAAAUGAUAAGGAUACAUGUGACUGCAGAUAUGCUUCAUUUGAAGAGGAAGAGCUGAAAUCUAUGCAAGUUGAGAAGACCUAGAGAAAGUAAGAGAAGCCUUUUUGCUCUGUGGUGAAGGUCUGACAGCUCAGAUGUUCCAUGUUCUGUCUUUUAAGGGGGAUAUUCAUUUUUUGUUUUUAUUCUGUGAUGGCAAACUUAUUCCAUAUUGAUGUAAUCAGGAAAAACUUCAAUUAAAUUACUAGAAUUACAGCACAAAAAGCCCUUAGAUUCAGGCUUCUGUUUAUGUGACUAGGUAGGGAGGCAUUUAUUUAAGUAUCCAGGUUCUGUUUUCUCAAGUUUAUGCACUUUCAAAGACACAUUUAAUUUAAAAUAUCUUUAAAGCAAAGCACUUUAGGUCUAUGACCACUAUGAAUUUCAUAGCUAGUUCUUCAAUAGGCCAUCUUCUGGGUUUUGGUUUUCUUUUUUCCCACCUGAGCUCUCAGAUCCCUGGAGAGAUUUUGUUUUACAACUUGUGAAGAAAAAGAUAAGGAUGCAACAAGACAAGACGCCAUACAGAUGGAGCAUUGUCUGUCCUUUCUUAAAAUAGCAAAUACUCAUAGCCAAGCCUGAAAUAGAUGCUGUAACCAUUUUGGGAGCUAUGGUUUGGGAAUUACUAGGUAAUACUGAGCUUCUUCAUCUUUUCCUGAAAAGUGAUUGGGGAUUUAAUUAACAUAGCUGGCACUACUUGGUUACUACUCAUUACUCUUCUGCUUUACCUUUUGGGGAUAACACAACUCUUCAGGCAGGAAGAACCCUUGAUUUGGACUGCCUUUUUUCCUCAUGUUGGGAACAGAAGAAAGAGAACCCUCUUGCUUCUAGGACAUGAAAUACAUCCUAAUGUGAUUACUUAGGAAAUGCUGAAGGAACAUACUCCUGGAUCCUGUUUCUCAGGCUAUUGCUUCGUUAGAUUCUGCUAGGUGCAUAGCUCUCUUUGGGUCAU